GCGCUGUUCUCUGACAUCCACAUGCGUGCACACACACGCACAUACUCACCGAGGCAGACAGAUAUGCACACAUACGAGCGCAAAUCCUCUUACAACUCACCAGUGCCCAGAGCAGAUUAAGGGGCUGCACAUCUCGAAUUGUAUUCCAAAUGUGUCACAUUUGCAGGGGUCUCCUUCCUCUUCUUCUUGCACUUUGUCCUCUUCCUUCUGUUCACAACGGGACUUCUCGUCUGCACCUGCAUCUGCUGCUUCUUCCUUCUCAGUUCCGUCUUCAGCCUCUGGCAACUGGCCCGUUUGCCUCUGCAGCUGAGAUGACCAGGCAGCCAGCUUGAAGCAGAGGAAGAAACACAAAGACAGAGGUAGAGAAACGAGAGAGCAAAGGGGAAGAAAGAGGGUGAAAAGGUAGGAAGUGAAAGAUUAAUUCUGAUCUGACAGCCCCUCUAGAGAAGGAAGGCAGGUGAGGAGGGGGGUCAGAACAGCCAGGCUUUGAAGAAUUGGAGGUGGAGGAGGAAACAAGGAAGGUGGGGGGGAAUAGAAGAGGAUAGCACUUCAGUGAGGAGAAAAAGAGGAAUACAAGAGGGGGGGAAGACAGAAAAAGAGCCGAGUGUUGACUAUGAAGGCUCUGUUGCUGCUGGUCCUGCCCUGGCUCAGCCCGGCCAACUACACAGAUAAUUUGGGCAACCUGCACAUCCUCUAUUCUGAGCUGUGUAAAGGGGCCUCUCACUAUGGGCUUUCAGCAGACAGGAAGCGACGUUCACAGGAGGGUGAAUGCACCGACAGUACAUCAGAACUCACCAUCGCCACGCUGCCCAAUGAUGGCCCCACCUCCGCCGCUGUGGCCCUCCUGUCAGACGAGCCUGGUUUGGUCAACCCAGCCUUUGACCCCAGCAUGGAGGAAAACAGCCAGUCGGGCAGCACAACCAGCCUGGCUGCACGCAGCAGCACCAAGAAGGUCAGAAAUUUUGAUCGAGCUUCAGUGAGGAGCCGCUCCUUCAGGAGGCUGAACCGGGCAUUCAGUGUCCUGCGGAGGACCAAGAGUGGCAACGCAGUGAGCAAUGAGACAUCUGAGGAAAGAGACAAUGCCAGGAAUUCCAGUGUACCACAGGAAGUGCUGGCUCUUCCUCAGCUCCAUCACCUGAUCCCUGAUGGUGAAGUUACCAGUAUUAAGAUCACACGGGUGGAUCCCUCAGAACCGCUGGCCAUCAGCAUUGUGGGAGGCAAUGAGACCCCCUUGGUUCGCAUCCUCAUCCAGGAUAUUUACAGAGAAGGUGUCAUUGCUCGGGAUGGACGCUUGCUACCUGGGGACAUGAUCCUGAAGGUAAAUGGCAUUGACAUCAGCAACGUACCCCACUGCUACGCCGUGGCAACCCUCAAACAGCCAUGCCAGCUCCUCCGGCUAACAGUACUCAGAGAACAGCAUCAUCGCUACCGCUCACACAGCCACCCACAUGGGUAUGGCCAUGAUGUUGUUGGGGGUCACCUAUCUCAUGGCCUACCCCACCAUCCAUUGAGGGACGACAGCAUCCAUGUGGUCCUGAAUAAAAGCACUCCAGAGGAACAGCUGGGCAUUAAGCUAGUGAGGCGGGCAGAGGAGCACGGAGUCCACAUCUUUCACCUGCUGGAAGGAGGCCUGGCUGCACGCGAUGGACAGUUGUGUGUUGGCGACCGCGUGCUGGCCAUCAACGGGCAUGAUCUACGUUAUGGAACACCAGAACAUGCUGCUCUGCUUAUCCAGGCGAGUGAGGAGGGUGUCCACUUUAUAGUGUCUCGUCAGAUCUGCCUGCCUAACCCAGACAUCCUUCAAGAAGCUCCGUGGGGCAUGGAGGGUCCCCCACCAUAUUCCCCAGUGGAUAUAGAGCAAACACUGCUGGACUCCUGUCAGAAGCCCGCAUGCUAUGAGAAGACAGUUACUCUGGCCAAGGAGCCGUAUGACUCCCUGGGUAUGACAGUGGCAGGGGGCAUGUCCAGCCGAGGGUGGGACCUCCCCAUCUAUGUCACAAACGUGGACUCUGAUGGAGUGGUGGGACAGGAGGGCUCCAUCCGCAAAGGUGACAUCUUGCUAAAUGUGAACGGGGUGGAUUUGACAGGGGUGACAAGAAGUGAAGCUGUGGCCAACCUGAAAAACACCUCCUCUCCCGUUGUACUCAAGGUCUUGGAGAUGCGUCCUCCUGAAGAAAGUCUACAAGAGUGCACAUUGCCGCCCUGUCUCACACCCUCCCCCACAGACAGCACCAAGAGCCCGCUGCCCAAUGAUGAUUACUCCCCGCUGUGGGUGUCAUGGCUGCAGCUACCCAGGCACCUCUACUGCUGCAAAGAUAUCGUCCUGCGGCGGAGUACUUCAGGCAGCCUGGGCUUCAGUAUUGUGGGAGGUCAGGAGGAGGUCAACUGCAAUCAGUCCUUUUUUAUCCGCUCCAUUGUGGAGGGGACACCAGCCUACAAUGAUGGCAGAAUAAGGUGUGGGGACAUUUUGCUGGAGGUGAACGGGAAGACUACAUGGGGCAUGACCCAUACAGCGUUGGUGCGCCUUCUGAAGGAGCUUCGAGGCAGGAUCACUCUGACCAUUGUCUCCUGGCCAGGGAGCUUGCUGUAGCAGUGCCCCCAAACCAGCCAGCACUGUUUUACGUGGCAUUGACCAAGGAAUGUAGAAAGCAGAUCUUUAGACUGGCUGAUCACCCUAAGCUUGCUGUGUGGGAGAAGCUUAGAAUAGAGCUGUAGCUGUAUGGAUAUCUCACUUCUGCUGGACAGCUGAGACUAUGCCAGGAGUUUAGAGAGAGACAAACAAAAGACUGGCUCAUUACCAGAGGUUAACAUGCCCGUUCGAGAACGUAAAACUGGGAGGAUCCACGGCCUGAGCCACUUCUAACUAGGAUGUUGGGCGUUAUCUGUUUAGAGAACAUGAUUCAUUCUCUGGCACAGCAUCCAGUGAGCAGGGUGGGUGGAUGGAGAGGAGACACAACAUGUUGCCAAUUCCAAUAGUUACAUAUUAGGGUAUGUGUUAAGCUGUAAAUGUUGGGUGUCUAAAAAAAAGUACUGAUCCAAGUACUUGUAAUAUGUUUCUUUUGUUUGUUUGUGGUUUGGCCUUUACAUAUAGGCUCCAUUCUGUUUGUACUGACAGUGGUUGCCAUCUUCAUCCGUUGACCUGAGGAAUGUUGCCAAGUAGUAGUCUGUCUUGAGUUGUAUUUUUUUUUUUUUUUAUUUCAGAUGCUAUGGCGAACUUAUCAAACCACUGACAAGAAAAAAUCUAUAAAAAAAUAAAAGAUCAAUGUGUUCACAACAUGUUAAAAAUACUAUUUAAUUAAGUGACAUUGUGGAGGCCUUACUACUUUUCUUACUUUUAAGAAAAAAACUGACUCGGUUUCUGUGUAUCAGUGGAUGGUCUGGGGCUCGUCUGAUGUGAUUCUGUCUGUCGCGCUUCAGCCUGUGUAAUAUAUCUGAUGGUAGAUUUGGAAAAAAUGAUCAAUAAAGUCCCUGAAAAAGA